GCGCCCUGACCCUAUUCCUACAAAUUGGAGCCUGCCUCCUCAUCGCGAUGGAGGUGGCCAAGAGCAUCGUGCCCAUCUACAUCCGCCGCGCAGCCGACCGCCUCAGCGGCGGCGGCGGCGCGGAUGCCGCUGCGGGCGGCGGCGACCUGGCCGGUGAUCGCACUGCGGCAGCAGAGCCAGCGCAGGGCAGGGCACGCUCCGGCUGUCCUCGCUCCAGCCGCCCUGCGCCAAGCACGCCAGGCCAGACACGCAGCGCCGCGGGGCAUCGGGUGCCCGAGAUCACAAGAGAUCUGGUUGAGCGCCUUGUAAUGCACAGCGUCAGCGGCAGCGGCGUGCCCGGCGGCCCCAACGCAAACAGCGGUGCGGCGGCUGCAGCCGCGGCCGCGAAGCAGGAGACGAGCCUGCCAGGCGCGUGGACCAGCAGCGGCGGCGGCUCAGAGCUGCUGUCUCUCAGCGGCGGCCUCCGAGCAGGCGGGGGCGGCGCUGACGGGGCAGUGCAUGUGCGGGCCCGUCCGGCAGCGGCGGCGUUGCCUGUAGAGUGUGACGCUGCUCAGCCGGCGGCCGGCAGCUGGGCUGUCCUGCGCUCGCCAAAGUAG